AUGGCGAACUUUCACCGAGUUCUGCUUGUGUCCACCUCAUGUUUGCUGAAUAUCGGGACACUCUUGUGUCUUAUCGUGAUCGGCCUGGCAUGUACGAAGAUGGGAAGUCACGAACUUGAAAGACUCAAUUUUUUCCAACUCGAUGUCCAGAACAGCCGAAAUAUUUCCACUUCGAAUGCAUUGGUUACAACAUGGGAUGAGAGCCAGUUUAACAAGACUUACCUGGUCGGCAUAAUGGGCUACUGUGAAACCGAUAAUAGGGACACGACAAUGGAUUGCCUGUCCCCGCAAGCUGGCUCGUACUUCAACGUACUGAAAGCUACCGGCGAGGAAGGGAAGGAGACCGACCUUUCGUCAGCCCUUCGACGCUCACUGCGUGCAUAUAAAACUACCUCGACCUGGAUGCAAAUUACAUACGUCUUGGCUACUCUUCUCACGGCCGUCCAACUCCUCGCAGCUCUUAUCGUCGUAAACAAGGCAUUUAAUUGUUUUGUCAUCAGCCUUGUCUCUAGUGUUGCUUUCUUAUUCCUGCUGUCAGCUGCGGCACUCGCAACAGUCAAUUUUGUUCUCUUGAAGGGUAUAAUUGCCACGGAGCUGAAAUCACACAACAUAACUGGGACCUGGGGCACUCGCGCAUUUACAGUUAUAUGGUUUAGUGUGGUCUUGUCUUUGUGUUCUUUGGUAUCCUGGACCAUUACCACUUGCUGCUGUUCUCAAGUAAGACGGGGUCCCCGGGUCCAGACUUAUCCUGCAAUGGGUACGGUACCAGUCUAUCGUUCGCUUCCGCCAUCUGCACCAAACUAUGGGAAAAAUCAUCAAUAUCACAUGUACCAGAUGAGCCAGCACCCAGUCAAUCAUCCUUAUGAGCAGUAUCAUUCAGGAUAG